AUGGUCCGCCACGUGUUCUUGGUUGCCGCGUUAACGACGCUCGCUUCAUGCUGCGUCUACGGACAGUCUCUUUGCGAGGGAAUUCGAUUCGCGACCAUCGCCGAUCCCAGCGACUGUCGCCAGUUUGUGGUUUGCUCGCAAGGACAAGCGAGCGUUGAGCGGUGUCCGGGCAGAUUCGUCUUCCAUCCGACGGUCCAGUUCUGUGUGAAGGAAUCGCAGUACGAUUGUGCUCACGUGACAACACCCGCCCCAGAACCGGAACAGACGGAUUCCACGGAGACGGAGACAAUCGGGAGCACGACCGCAGCAUCGGACUCUGGAUCGCAUGACGAAUCUGGCUGUCAGCAAAAACAACCCAACUGGGAGUCGUUCUUCUGUGAGAAUGCUUGGCGUACUUUCGUCGCCAAUCCGAUGAACUGCAGCCAGUUUAUCGAUUGUGAUUCAAACCCGCCGAUCAGCAGACAUUGCCCAGAAGGAACGAUCUUCAACGAUGUCUACCAGGACUGCCAUCCGGAGGCUGAAGAUCGCGAGUGUGAACUGGCCACCGUAAACGCACAGUUCUGUGCCGAUCGGCCCGAUGGUAGCUAUCCGCAUCCGUUCCAGUGUAACCGUUUCAUCACGUGCAUCCGUCGUGUGGUCCGUCUCGAGACCUGUCCUCCAUUCUUCGUGUUUGAUCCGUCCGCAAACCACUGCGUCACGGGCAAUCCAGUGAACUGUUCCGCGCUGUUUCCAUGA